GUUUUUCUCAGAAUUCUUUAUUCUCACAAAUUAAAAUCCGAAUUCUGACUGUAAAGUCAGAACUCAAAAAAAUGUCACAUGCCCUCUUCAGUAGUGAAUAGUAGUCUAUCUAUCUAUCUAUCUAUCUAUCUAUCUAUCUAUCUAUCUAUCUAUCUAUCUAUCUAUCUAUAUUUUUAAUGUAUUUCAUUAAUUUCUCUUUCCUUUUUCUGCUGGCUUGAGUUAUCAUCGUUUUAUUGUCCUCCAUUGUUCUUAAAGUAACUUGGCUCUCAUCAUUUCAUGUUGUGUAUUGUUUCAUGCGUAAACAGCUGUAUUUCCUGUGUGCAAACACAAUAAUAAAGUUACUAUUGUCACAGUUCCGUGACAUUCGAGAAGAUCUGAGUUAAAUGGCAACAGGAGUCCGUUUCAUUAUUUGCCUUCCAGUUAAGCUGAUCGUGUUGCAUGUUUCUUAUGGUCUAAAGUUGGUAUCCAGAUUUCGUUCCAUCCACAUGGGGGCAGCAGUGCAGCUUUUGGAGCCCCUCACCUUUCCCAGGCAGCAGCCUUCCCUUCAGGUGAGUCUGGAGUUACCUGAUCCUGGUGGAGAGCCUCAAACCAGUGGCACCAGAACAGCACGACACCGCAGCAGCUCUGGGCGUGUUGAAACGUUCAGUUUAAAAGGAGUCGGGUGCUGUCAGUGCAGUAUGGUGGAGGGACGGCUGGCGCUGUGUGAACGCAGGAGUUUGCGGUGUCUCGGCGUCGCGUAAAUGCGCUCUGGUACACGACAGGAGACGCAUCUCCACCGCUGCUGCCGCUGUACAACAUGUCGUGUCCGCGCGUUUACGCGGAGCUGCUCCGGAGAGCCGACUUCAAGCCGUCCGUCGGCCGAUCAUAAAGGUUGUGCCCCACCACCAGGGACGGCUCAUCCUCUCCAAAGCCACGACGAAGCUGCAAAGCAACCAGCUCGGAAGGCCCCAGGAUUUGGACUUCUCGUUUAAUUAAAGGAAGAAAAUCUUUCUUGAAAUGCAAGAAAGUCUUGGAGUCAUUGCACUCCCGUAGAGUUUUCAUUUAGAGACUUUGGUUGAUUCAUUUAAGGAUUUUUCUCAGUGUAAGCACCAUCAUCGGGGUGCAAAUACAACUGUGGCGCUGCAGCUGAGGGGCACUGUUAGCCCUGAGUAAUUGCCUUUUGUUUGAAGGUGUAAAAUUCUCUGCCAUGAAAGCUUUUUCUUGGAUUAUCAGGGCACGAGUUUAGGUCAGUGUUAACUCCUUCUUUGAUCCAGAGCCAUCUCUUCACACACUCUGUUUUCCCUUUUGAAAUUUCUCCACUCUUGACUCUGGGGUUUCAUUGUGGGAUUAAACAUCAAGCCCUUGGAUACCCUCUUCAAGCUUCUGUUUUCUCCCAGGAAUAUACCCAUGCCCAAACUUUAACCAAAUAACCUCCAGGCACGCUGCAGCGAAGGAAAGGCGAGGGCCGGGGAGAAAGGAAUCGAGGGGAUUGAAGGGCAGAUGGCCUCGCCACUCGAAAACACCAACAGCCAGAUGAAUAAAACAUUUGAAUAGAGAGAGGGAGUCGUGACAUCUGGCUGAGGAGUGAGUUUGACAUUCACCUCAUUCCCUCUCUCUUUCUAUUUACCUCUCCUGUCCACUCCUUUACUCACUAACAUCCCUGUCCUCUUCAUCUCCCCUCCUUGUACUCAUCUUUCACUGUCUCUUGUCUCUUUCCCUGUCUCUCCCUUGGUGGACACAGGGGUUGAGCCGGUCACUAAAACAGACAGAAACAAGCUUGUGCUUCUGCUUGUUUCUCCUGCUCUUGUUCCACCUUCGGUCGCCCCUCACUUCACUCUCUGCCUUGCCCCUCUCGUGCUCCUCCUCUUCCUCCUCCCCGGUGCGGUGUGUGAUGGUGCAUCCCCUCCUCUCGGUCCUGGAGACAUGCCUGUGCAGGAGAUGGCGGUGAGUCCUGUCAAGUCCCUGUACUGGGAGAAGUUCCCCCCUAUGACGCAGCGCCGCGUCUACUGCACUCCUGUCUACCACGAAGGCCUGCUCUAUGUGCUGGGGGGCUGCAGCGAGACCGGCAUGCCCCUGGACAGCGUCGAGGUCCUGGAUGUUGAGAGCCAGACGUGGAGCCAGCUGCCGCCUCUUCCCACAGCACGAGCGGGGGCCUCAGCUGUGGCGUUAGGAGGGCAGGUGAUGGUGCUCGGGGGCAUGAAUCAGCAGCAGACCCCACUGGCCUCUGUGGAGAUGUACCACCCUGAUGAGGGCAAAUGGGAGACCAAGGCCAGCCUGGGUCAGCCAUCCAUGGGAGCCACAACUAUAGAGAAAGAGGGAAAGGUGUAUGCCUUUGGAGGUAUGGGAGUUGACACCACGCCGCAGGCCAUGGUGAGAGUUUAUGAGGCAGAGAAGGACCAAUGGCAGCCGCUGACCUCCAUGCCAACGCCGCGGUACGGAGCAACGCCCUUCGUAAGAGGAAACAAAAUCUACUUGAUGGGUGGUCGUCAGGGAAAGAUGCCGGUGACAGCGCUGGAGGCUUUUGACCUUGAGAUGAAGAGCUGGACACGUUACCCCUGCAUCCCGAGCCGGAGGGCCUUUUCCUGCUGUGCCACAAAUGACCGAAGCUUCUUCAGCCUCGGGGGCCUCCAACAACCAGGGCCACAUAACUUCUACUCCAGACCUCACUUUGUCAGCACCAUGGAGGAGUAUGAUCUAGAUCAAGGCAUCUGGAUCAAACCCAGCCGGACAUCUAGGAUGAGGGAGAAGAGGGCCGACUUCGUGGCAGGCUGCCUGGGAGGAAGAGUAAUUGCAGCUGGUGGUCUAGGCAAUGAACCGGCGCCGUUGGGCACGGUGGAGAGCUACAACCCGGUGAAGCGGCGCUGGGAGUAUCUGGACCCCAUGCCCACUGCACGCUGCUCCUCCGCCCUCCUGCAGACAACCAGCAUGCUCUUUGUCAUCGGUGGAGUCGCCCAGGGACCCAGUAAUGCUGUGGAGGCUCUGUGCUUACCGGAAACAGUGUGACACAGACAUGUGCCCACACCAACACACACACACACACACACACACACACACACACACACACACACACACACACAACGGGAAUAAAUGCAAUCCGCAUUGACAUUUUAUUCAUGUAUGUGCAUAAACAGACAAAAGAAAACAUGACUUGGAUCCACAGAUAACACUUAGAUACCUUUCUACCUUUAUGUUUAACUGAUGGACUCCUCUUCUCCAGGGGAUGUACAAAACUAUUUUUCACAAUCAACAAGCAUUUUCAAACAGGGGCUGCGGUGACAGCCUGUGACAGAGCUGGACGAAAAAAGAUUAAGGACAUUCAAUCCCACUGCUAACAGCUUUUCUACACUGGGGAAAUCAGAUGGAAAAAAGAGCAAAAAACGGACGCACACAGUGUCUGAAGAAACAACACGCCUUUGAACUGUUGAGCAUUUUUCAGAAUAAAAGCAGGGUACUUUUCUGGAUAUUAAAGGAACAUAGGGCCAUAUCUGUAUCUCUUACAGCAGCGUUGCUCUCCCCUGCUGCUGCAGCAGCAAGCUUGGACACUUUUCUAUGACCUUAGAAACAACAGCUUAGUUGAGUUUUAGACAGUAACGUUCUGGGAAUGUGAGUCUGUUUCGGUUCUCCCCUUUUUGUUGCAGUAUUGUAUACGUGUGAAAGUUAGCGCUGCUAGCCACCACUAUCACAUUGUCAACAGCAGUGGCCCUUAACGUGCAUUCACACUGCAAGCAGCUCAAGCAACUGCUAGUCAGAAGCCCAUCCAUGUUCAACGCCCAGAGAAAUGUUGGCUGAGGUUGACCACAGUCACUGUGUUUCCUUUUUUUCUAGAAGAGUUGACUGUGGUCGAACUUGUCGACACCUUGCUUUGCUACACAUUCACCCAUUUUCUGCUACAACAUUAGCACCGCAGCAAUCGAUCCCCAAUCUCAAAUGGUCCCUCACACCGGAGCACGGGAUGUAGUUGCUCGUGGAGUGAAUGCAAGUAUUGCUGCACGGAAUUAUCCAGACAGACAAAAUAAUAUCUGACCAUCAGCCUCCUGACAUUAUAUCCCCCUUGAGUUUUAUGAUUGAUAGCAGAGCAUUGUAUUCUUUACCUCGAAUUGAAGUCAGCCAGAUGAUGGAUUAAUGGUAAGAGCAUCUCAAGGUAAUGAUACCCAGGCAACAUUUUGGAGCAAUUUACUCAUGAGGUUUUAGCAAAGAGGACUCAACAUAUGAG